AUGAAUAUCGAUAUUAAGGUUAUUGGUGAUUAUGAAGUGAAUUUCGGUGCAUUUAUUGGAAAAGGAAGUUAUGGGAAAGUAUAUGAAGGAAGAAUAGUAAGUUAAAAUAGAAAAAUAUGUGUUAAGGUUUUAAUAAUGAUAAAAAUAGGUUUUAUAAUUGACAGAAGAAAAAAGACCAAUGUUUCAAAGAGAAGUAGAUAUCUUAGAGGAAAUAAAGAAAAUUACACAUCCUAAUAUUCUCAAAAUUUAUCAUAUAGUAGAGUAGAAUUAAAUUAUAUAUAUUUUCAUGGAGUAAUGUAAAGAAAACCUUGAACAAAAAUUAUAAAAGAUGAAAAAGGAAAAUAAAAUAUUUUCAAUAGAUUAGGUGCUCCAUAUCUCAAAAUAAGUUUGCAAAGGAUAUAAAGAAAUUAUGAAGAAAAACAUAAUUCACAGAGAUAUAAAACCUGAAAAUAUCUUAAUAGGAGAGGAUGGAUAUUAUAAAGUAUUUUAUUAUUAAAUUUAGAUUAGUGAUUAUGGUUUAAGUAAAACUUAAACUGAUGUUGAAUCUUUAUUAAAACAAACAUAAUUAGGAACACCUUUAUUUGUAUCACCAUAAGUAUUUUAAGGAAAAUAUUCUAAUAAAGCAGAUCUAUUUAGUGUAAUUUUAAAAUCUAAAUUAGUUUGGAUUAACAAUUUAUUAUAUUACAUUUUAAUAGCCUAUCUUUUAAAUAAAAUCAAUAGGGGAUUUAGAAAAAGAAUUCAAUAGGAUUAAAAAUGGAAUUAAAUUACCUAUAAUCAAAAAUGAAGGUGAUCAAAAUUCAAAAAACAAUUUAGAAUAUUUAUUAAAAAUGACAAUCUAAUAUGAAGAAGAUGAUAGAAUGAGUUGGGAUUAGUUAUAUACGUAUUUAGAUGAAAUAAAUAUAAAUUCAUAAAUACAUACCAUACCUAAACUAGAAGAUGAUAAAAAAAAGUAAUUUGUUUAUUAUAUUAAAGGGCUAAAAAUGAUCUAGAAAUUAACUAAUAUGGAGAGUCUGUGCAUUUUUAUUUAGAAAAAAUAAAAUAAAUAGAUAUUAAUACUUUUACUAUUAAACCUGUCGAGUAGGUUACAGAUCAAACUCAAAAAUAAUCAAAAUUAUAAGAUUAAACAUCUAUUGAAAAUAAUAAUUAGGCUUAUCAAAAUAAUAAUUAGGCUUAUCAAAAUAAUAAUUAGGCUUAUUAAAAUACUAAUUAGGCUUAUCAAAAUAGUAAUUCGGUUUAUCAAAAUACGAAUUAGGCUUAUCAAAAUAAUCAUUCGGGUAAUCAAAAUAAUAAUUCAGGUUAUCAAAAUAAUAAUUAGGUUUAUUAAAAUAAUAAUUAGGCUUAUAAAAAUAGUAAUUCGGUUUAUGAAAAUAAUAAUUCAAUAUUAUAAUGGAAUCAUUAAAUUAAUAACAAUUAAGGUUAAAAUAACAAUUAAAUCCCAAAUAGUUAAAAAAAAAUAUAAAAAUAAUAAUUAGAUUCUUAAGAAAAUUAUUAACAAAUUCCAAAAGAUUUUAUUAAUUAAAACAAUUUUGAUUCUAAGUUUGUUUAAUCUUAAUAGGAGGAUUAUUAAAAUCCAACUAUGAAUCCUAAUAUUAUCAAACAAAAUACAAAUAGUUCAUAGUCGGGUUAUUAAAUAUAAUUUCAUAAUGAUUUUCAAGAAGAAUAAGAUUCUAAAGUUUAUAAUCAAAUUCAUGAAGAUAAAAAAUUAAAUUUAGAUAAUAAUAAUAAAUAGGAUUAAAAAGUAGUUGAAGUAAAAUAAUAAAAUCUGUUAAUAAGUCCAAAUUAAUAAAGAAAUAAUACACCUCAAUAAUUUCAAUAAGAGAAUUAAGUGAGUUAUUAGAAUUUUUUUGCAAAUAAUUAACCAAAUGCUGAUGAAUCUAUGGUCGAUUUUAACAAGUCAAAUUUAAAUUAAGAUUCAUAAUUAAUUAUUAAUAAGAAUCAAUAAAUUGAACAUCAAUUUGGGUCAUAAAAUUAAAAUCCAAUUGAAAAUCAUAAAGAUAAUCAAAUAUUUAUUCCCCGUCAUAAUUAAUCAACUUCGAUUAGAUAAUAAUAAAUAAAUUAAAUAAUUCCUAAUGAUAAAGUUUCCACUUAAUCAUUAAAUGAAAUAGAUGCUUAAAGUGAAAUACUAUCUAAUGAUACUUUUAAAUUAUCAUUUUCAACUUAAAAGGAAGAUUUCAAUUAGCAAGGCGUUUAAAAUAGCUUUAAAUAAACUUCAAAGUAAUCUUAAGAUUUAGAUUAAGUUAAUUUUGAUUAAGUUUAAAACAUCAUGCCAAGUUCUAUAAAAUCUCAAACCUAAUAAAAAAAUUAAAUCAAUUAAUUAAAGGAUUCUAAUAAAAAUAAGAUAAUAACUAUAUCAGAGAUAAUACCUUAAAACAAAGAUAAUAAUCAAAUAAAUAAUUAAUAAUAAUAAACUUAAUAAACAUAAAAAAAAUAAUAUGCAUAUAAAGCAUAAUAAUAAAUAUAAGAACCAUAUUAAGCAUAAUAACCAUAAUAAGAUGUAAUAAAUAAAAAAUAAUAAAUUCAGUCUUAAGAUGUAUAAAAAUAAAGUUUCAUUGAAAAAUAAAUUCUAUAAUCAAAUGAAUAUGUAAAUAAUAAUUCAAAUUAAUACUAAUAAUAGAAAGUACAAUAAGUUUAGAAUUAAAAUUAAUAUAAAAAAAUGGAAAAUACAGACAGCGAUUAAGAAUUUGGUGGUUCUAAUGAUAAAUAACCAAAUAACUAAUAAUUAAUUUAGUAAUAGGUUUAUUCUAAUUAGAAUAACAAUAUUUAAAAUAGUGUAGCAUAGGAUACUUAAUAAUAAGGAUAAAUUACUACAAAACUAAAAGGAAGACUUAUAAAAAAAGCAGAUGCUAAUCAGCCAGCAUAAUCAUUAAAAUAAGUUUUUUAGAUUAUUUUGUAAAAGAUUAAAUUGGCUGAAAAUGUAUUUAAUUCUUAUCAAAAAUUAAAGUAUUAAAUAAUUAUCAUAACAUAGAACACAUUAGAAAUUAUAAAAUUUUAUCAAAUAGUUUGAAAUUUUUAAUUACCUUUUAUAUUAUUAUUAAUAUUCAUUAAUUACUAAUGUAAAGUUGUUUUGCAAAAAUGAUAGAAAUAUAGAUUAAUGUUAUUUAAAAAAAGAUUUGGAUUAAUUUAUUGAUGAAAAUACAAUUUUAGAUUAUUAAAAAUAUCAUUAAUAGUAAAUAAAUGAAAUAACCCAAAUCUAUGAAUAAAAACUUGCAAUUUCAACAGUAAUUAAUUAUUUAAAUUAUUAGAGAGCAUCAAAAGAUUUACAAGAUUUUCUCGAUAGUAGAAAUAACAAUGGUGAUAUGUUGGAUUUAAUUAGAUUUUUAGAAUAGGGGAAUUUCUAUAAAUAUAAUAGUUAUAUAGAAUUAUAUGAAAAGUAUUUUAAAUAGAUCUUUGGUUAACUAAAUUGCAAUUUGAAUUCUAAAGAAUUAUUAAUGUAAAUAAAAUGAUUUAAAAUUAGAUUUUUUGGAUAUUCGAUUAAAUUUAUAAAGAUUGAAAAAGAAUUUCCAUUAAAAAAUUAUAAGAUUAUUAAUUCUAAUUAGAUUGAUUAUUUAAGUGAUGAUGAAGAAUGUUUAAAAGAGUUUAUUAUAGGUUAUAUGAAUAUAAAAUGA